UACUACGUACGUGAGCGUCCGUGUCCGACUCUACAGAGCUCAAUUCGGCCAAGCAGCUAGCACCUCCACCAGCGAUGGCACCGGCGCUGGCGAGGCUGCAGGCGGCGGCGACGUCGGCGAGGGCGGAGACCCUGCUGCGGGGCGCGUGCGCGGCGACGUCGGCGUCGGCGGCGCUGCUGCUGGGCCUGAGCGCGCAGACCAAGACUGUGCUGUUCGUCCGGAAGAAGGCCGUGCCCAGGGACGUGGAGGCGCUCUGGGUGCUCAUCGUCGCCGCCGCCGUGGCCGCGGGGUACCACGCCGCCCGGCUCGUCAUGCGCCUCUACUCCGGCAGCAGCUUCGCCGGCGCCGGAAACGACGGCGGCCGGAGCCGCAGCAAGGCCGUCGCGUGGAUCUCGUUCCUCCUCGACAAGGGCUGCGCGUACGUGGUGUUUGCGAGCAGCGUGGCGGCGCUGCAGGCGUGCUUCGUGGCGCUCAUCGGCGUGGAGCCGCUGCAGUGGAGCAAGCUCUGCAACAUCUACACGCGCUUCUGCGUGCAGGGCGCCUUCGGCAUGGUCUGCGGCCUCGCCGCCGCCGUCGCCAUGGCCGUCCUCUCCACCUUCUCCGCGCGUGACCUCUUCCGCCUCUACUCGCCGCUCGGCCGCCGCGCGCACACGCAGCGACAGCUGCUGGGAACGGCCACGUCGUCGUCGACCACAGAACUGCUUAAACCAUGA